GGAGGAGGAGGAGGGGAGGGAGCAGGGGGUAGAGCUGAUCCCACGUGUGACGCUUUCAUUCCCGGCUCGGUAAUAUUCUCAUAGCGGGGUUUUGCAUAUCUCCUGCCGUAUCUGUGUGUGUGUGUGUCUGUCACUGUUAACUGUAGUCCCAGCCGAUAGUUUGGACUAGAAUAUGGACGGAGACGGGAGUCAAGCCACAUCCGGAAGCCUAAACGAUUCACAACAUGACCCGGGUAAAAUGUUUAUCGGUGGCCUCAGCUGGCAAACCUCACCAGACAGCCUUAGAGAUUAUUUUAGUAAAUUCGGAGAAAUCAGAGAAUGUAUGGUGAUGAGAGACCCCACGACGAAACGCUCAAGAGGAUUUGGGUUUGUUACGUUUACAGAUGCUGCCAGUGUAGAUAAAGUCUUAGCUCAACAACACCAUGAAUUAGACUCAAAGACGAUCGAUCCUAAGGUUGCCUUUCCCCGUCGCGCCCAGCCUAAGAUGGUCACAAGAACAAAGAAAAUAUUUGUGGGUGGCUUGUCAGCUAAUACAGUAGUGGAAGAUGUGAAGCAGUAUUUUGAACAGUUCGGAAAGGUCGACGAUGCCAUGCUUAUGUUUGAUAAGACAACUAACAGACAUAGAGGAUUUGGUUUCAUAACUUUUGAGAGUGAAGACAUCGUAGAGAAAGUCUGUGAAAUUCAUUUUCAUGAAAUCAAUAACAAAAUGGUAGAAUGUAAGAAAGCCCAGCCCAAGGAGGUGAUGUUCCCACCAGGUACACGAGGGCGAGCCCGGGGUCUGCCCUACACCAUGGAUGCCUUCAUGCUGGGGAUGGGCAUGCUGAGUUAUCCUAAUAUUGUGGCAACGUACGGCCGCGGAUACACUGGAUUCGCACCAAGCUACAGCUACCAGUUCCCUGGCUUCCCAGCAACAGCAUACGGACCGGUGGCAGCGGCGGCGGUAGCAGCAGCGCGUGGCUCAGGUAGGGGGGCCCGUGGAAGAGGCGGCUACUUGGCGUACCCACAGAGCACAGGGCCAGGCCUCCCCGAUUACGGGUUUUACUCUGCGCCCAGUGACCAGCGGGGGGGGCCCUGCUCCUUUGCUGACUAUGGCUCCCUGGGGCCCCAAGCGGCUCAGAUGCUGCACAGUGAGCAUGCCACCUCUGCCUGCAACUCCCCCCUCCAGCACCUACACAGCCCGGAUCAGUUUAAGAACCCAGGCACCAACCCCUCGAGGCCCGGAGGGUUCCCCGGUGCGAACAGUCCAGGGCCCGUGGCUGACCUGUAUGGACCGAGCAGCCAGGAUUCAGCUGUGGGCAACUACAUCAGCGCUGCUAGCCCCCAGCCUGGUUCUGGGUUUGGCCCCAGCAUCACAGGCCCGUUGAUUGCAACAGCUUUUACAAAUGGAUACCAUUGAGCAGGUGGCCGGUUGCCAUCUCAUCAGAGCAGAGUAUAUCUGAUGGCCCGGGAAAGACAGGACAAAGUUUCUAAUUGGCUUUGUGUGCAGGUGACACUUUCCAACUUCAAGCACUACAGCGUCACCCGGCGAAAAGAGUGACUGUUGGAUCCAUAUGAAGAAGAGAAGAAAAUGUUAGUCAUCUCAGAAAAAUAACAACUGCUGUACUAUAUUCCAGACCUACUAUAACUUUACAAAUUGGUUUGGUAUGUUGUUUCAUGUUGACUUCAUUCACUUGUUUAGCUUUUUGUUUGUUUUUAGGAAGUCAUUUUAAUUUAACCUUAAUUUGUGUCAUUUUAUUUGAUCUUAUAGUAUAUUCGUGUCGAUUUUGUUUGAACUAUGAGGGUCGUAGCCAAGAAUAUCUGCAAGUUGCGUCUUCAUCUUUGUCUCAGUCGGUGUAACAGAAAAGUGAUUGGAUGUUGCAUUCAGUCUUUCUACAAAAAACAAAAAAAGAAGAAGAAGCUAAGUGCAGAAAGACCGAGAAAAAAUAAUUUAAGAGGGUAUCUAAGUAAUAAAUCUUAGUAGCUGUUUUAUUUCUCUUGAUAUUUCAUGUUAACCAUAAUUACCUAUUUUUGGGCAAUACAAAGAGGACUUCAAUAUUUUUAUGGUCCUUUUUUAUAAGUGUUGUUAUGUUGUUUAGAAAUAUAUAUAUAUAUAUAUAUAUAUAUAUAUAUAUAUAUAUAUAUAUAUAUAUAUAUAUGCUAUAACAAAUGUCAUAUAACUACAUUGUGAAUUCAAACUUGAGAAAAAGAAAUGUAGCUGUACAUAUUAUUCCAGUCACUGCAUAUAACCGACUCAGUGAGAGAAUAGCAUAUUUUUGUGAUGGUGUGUCAAAGAACAUGUUCUAGCGUGUGAAUAGAAGAAAAAGCUGUAAACAAUUAUUAUUAUACUUUUCUGCUGGAAGACGGUAAACGACCCCAGAGGCAAACAGAACACACACUCGCUCUGUAAAUACUAAGCUGAAUAAUUUUACAAGCAUCAUACCAGCAAAUUUACAAAGUGAGCAAAACAUGGUUUUAAGAAAUGAAAAGAAAUCUGAUUGGGGUUUUUUUUUUCUUGUUGUUGAUUUUUUUGUUUUGUGUUUUUUUUUGGGGGGGGGGGGAGUCUACCUGAUGGCAUCAUUUCAAAGAAGGAAGAAAAAAGAGAUUAAAUCCAAAGCACACUGUACUUAGAUGUGAUUAGAAGUGGAAGGAGGCGUUUUGAACAGUGCUUAUCCUGACACUUUUAUACGCGACUUGUUCGUUGUAUGUGACUGUUCGUUUCAUCCUGUUUGUUUCCAUACUCGUUUUUGGAACGCGAUAUUGCGUCUGUGUGGCGCUUGUUUCGAUCUGUCCUUUUCGAAAGAAUAAGGACAUUGAACGUUUCAAUACCGUACCUCAGCCUCGUCAGCUCUGUUGUGGACUCAUUGGCAGGCUUAAUUUAUUCUAGCGAAGAAACAGACGAAACACUGAAAGUGAAUAAUAAAGUGAGUAUUCAUUGCACUGUGAGUAGUAAAGUACAGGCCAUUAUCUAUUUGCACAUGUAUAUGUUGGCUUUUUAAAAUGGCCCUGUGCUGUGGGACAGUAUGAAGGAUUUGGGGGGUAAUGUAUUCCAUUUCAAAGUUUUGUGGUGCGUAAACAGGAAAAAAAAAAAAGUAACCGAUAUGUUGUGGUGUACUGAGGCGAUGCCUUUGGAUUUCUUUAAUAUAUUGGACCCAUGUGUCAUCUAAACAUAUUUCUACAGGGUUAGUAAAUGACACUGAAUAAUUCAUUGUCUGUGUGAGGGAGUUCACUCACGAUAAGCGUUUAAUAAUCCACAGUCACUGACAGAAUGAAUGGUGUGGAGAGAAUUUUACCUGCUGCAGUCGGUGUGUUGUUUCAGUUCUCGACUCAUUACUUUGAUUUUCAGGCAACCAGGUAAAGAUAUAUGCUGGAUACUCCUAAAAGUAACUGAUACAGAGGUGUGAUCAAGUAAUAAUUUGAAGCGAUAUGGAAAAAACCCUGUAAUGUUCAAAUGUAAAAAAAAAAAAAAAUACAAAAAACAUAAAAACGAAAGAUGCUUCUUUGCUGAUUUCAAGUUUAAUCAGAGUUUUAUUGAUACUUUGUGGUUUAUAUAUUAAUAAUUGUAAUAUACUAUUAAAAUGUACUGUGCAU